AUGCUUCCACCUCCAGCCGAUCUAAUGUCUUCUUCAGUUGAUCACAAUCCACCAUUUUGUACUCCGGCGACUUUCUACGCUGGAUGUGAUUUUGUUCGUCCAAUGAUGGAUGUGCAUACACAACUGCGAGAAGCCACUUCCUUCUCAAUCCUCAACGACAACGACUCGCCUUCUUUUGCUAUACGUCCCAGGCAAUUGCGUCAGUCCUUGUCUCCCGCCUCUGUCGCUGCUUCAGUCGCUCGCUCCACCUCCGCCUCAGGUUCUGGCUUCAUCUCAGCCUCUACCUCUCCAUCCCCACGGCCCGAUAGACAAGUCCGCCCAUACUUGCCACGCCAGGAUCAUUACACUCGAGCUUCGUCCUUCUCCUCUGGAGGCGCUCCGCCAUUGUCAAGACUCUCUUCCAACUCGAGCAUGGAUUCUUCCCCGUCUCCCAUCACCCCUGCAUAUACCUACAAUGACAGCACUCUUCCUCCCUUCGACCAAUUGACCCGCCAAGACCUGGCCACCUACCUUCCUCAGCCUUCUCCCACCACUAUUACUCCAUUCCUCGAACAACAACUCUUGAUCGCGCCAAACAUGAUGCCAGACCACUUUGUCGGGAAGCAAUUCCAAUCUACACUUCCCCUUGCUCAGUAUCCCAUCCAUGCUCCUAUCCCUCCGGUCUUUCCUAUCAACAACCCCACAUCUGCCAACUCUUCUGUCCUACCUGCCUCCACAGCACCAGCAACCUCCUCUGUUACAACUCCAGUCAAGAUCCAAUCCAAGACUUCUCCUCAAACAACAUCUGGUCCUACUCCUGGCAAGAAAAACAAGUACCCAUGCCCCUAUGCACAGUCACAGAGCUGCACCGCUACCUUCACUACCUCGGGUCAUGCAGCUCGCCAUGGCAAAAAGCAUACUGGCGAGAAGGGCGUUCACUGUCCUGUCUGCAACAAGGCAUUCACCCGCAAAGACAACAUGAAACAGCAUGAGCGAACUCACAAGGGCUCCAUGUCGGGAAGCAAUAGUGACAACUCCAGCGUGCGCCGCAGCAAAGCGUCCAUUACAAAGGUCGCUCAAAAAGCCAGACAGGCUCAAAAGGAUGACACAACCCUUCCCGAUCGCAGUCGACGUUCGAGUUUGAUGCGAUCGCCUUUGUCCGAGGUCACAUCAUUGGCUCCUCCAGCCACAGACACCUCCCUAAGCACGGAAAGCUCCUUGGCCACCAACUUCUACCCCGACACUCAACAGAUGCUCAUGCCAAUCCAAACGAUUCCUGAGACAUUGUCACCCAACACUUUCUACUCAAAUGAGCUCUUGAUGCAACAGCAAUCUUCGAUCCUUCCACUCCCACAGCUUAUGCUCGACAAAGCCGAUGACUUCACCUUGGCUGGAAACAUGCCAUCGGCACCUCCGUUGCUAAGGGGUUUCUCGGACCUCGAUACUCUUGCAAAUGUUGCUGGUGCCGCAUACGAUCCCAACUACUAUUCUGGCCAAAACCUAUGA